CAAACGUCCAUUGUCAUUUACUCUCAUCAGCGCGCCAUCGCGAGCGAGCUGAUCCCUUUAUUUUGUCCCUCCUAUCUUCGCUCCACGCCGCGGCUGGAGGAACAGCGGCCAUUCGCCAAGCUCUCCGGAUGAUGGGCGCUUAAUAGACGCUGCGCAAGAGGAUGUCGGUGACCCGGGUUUAAUGAUGCCCGAGGCAUGACGCGGACAGUGUUGCUCGCGUUAUAACCAUGCGAUCGCUCGCGGUGGAGUCAUACCAUUCCUCUUCUGCCCUAUAGUAGCACGGUCGGACGUCAAGUGUAGACAUGGCCACUGCACCAAGAGUAUGGCUGAUCACCGGGACGACAUCUGGCUUGGGGAAGAGGCUCGUGAACGAAGUCCUCUCGCGAGGCGAUCUAGUCAUCGCCACGGGGCGCUCGAUAGACAACCUGAAGGCGCAAUACGAGGAGAGUGACCAGCUGAAGCUGAUGCAGCUCGAUGUCACCGAGGGGCCGCAGCCGAUCGCAGCGAAGGUGCAGGAGGCGCUCAGCGUCUGGGGACGCAUCGAUGUCCUGGUGAACAACGCUGGCAUCGGAUAUCCGUCGCUGAUUGAGGAGGCAGGCUCUGCGUUAUUGCGUAAGCAGAUGGAGGCGAAUCUGUAUGGCGUCGUGGAUGUGACACUUGCCGUACUUCCUCAUUUGCGGGAGAGGAAAGCGGGCACCAUCGUCGUGGUCGGUAGCCGGAGCGCGUAUAAGACAGAGCUUAUCGGCGUAGGUAUCUAUGGUGCCUCAAAAGCCGCCGUCACCGCGUGGACCGAAUCCCUCGCCAACGAAGCUGCACUAUUCAAUGUCAAGGUGAUGCUUGUCCAACCAGGCUCAUUCCGUACCGAAGGCAUGUACGGCCAGGGCUUCUACAACGGGAACCAGAUUCCAGCCUGGAACGACAUCCACGCCACGGCUCGCGCCCGCUUCGCGUCGGUACCGGGCACGGAGAAGGGGGACCCGGCGAAGGCCAUGCGCGCCCUUGUCGACGUCGUCCGCGGGGAGGGAAAGGCCGCCGGCCGCGCGCUCCCGCGAUAUCUGGUCCUUGGGGAGGAUGCGGUCGCGGAUGUGCGCAACAAGUUUGCGCGGGUGCUGCAGGUGGUGGCGGAUUGGGAGGACGUGUCGACGGAUGUGAACUUCGACUGAGGCCAUAUGCCCAGAUGUUGAUGUCAAGCCAAAAGUGACUGUUCGAUGUCGAGGAUGGUCAGGGAGUCGCGAGCCAUGGUGCGCAGAUCGUUGGACGGCGGACUAGGAUGUACUCAUUACCAAUGUAUCUCAUACAGAGCUGCCUCGAGGCGGUCAGCGGGCUCCCACGAGGCAGCUUCCCUCCUUGAACCUUCAAGAUUGCCU